AACAUUCAAGGACAACAGGAUGUUAUUCCUUUGACGAUGCUUAAAUCGACAACGAUAACAAAGAAUCAUUUAUCUAGUGAUCAUUGAUUAAUUGAUAUAUAGUCAAGGUUCAUAAUAGUAAUCAAUCGAUGUUGUCAUGAUCGAUGAUGACGUUAAUAACAAUUAUUUUUCAAAAAAUUGAUGAACCUGACUGUGCAAAUUGCUUGAAAUGAGCAUGAAAAAGAAGAUGAAGAUUUUCCCCGAACAAACUUUAAAAAUCAACUUUUUUUUUGUUACAUUCGGUUAUGUUUUCUUCAUUAACAUCAUUGAUGAUCAGGUUUGACUGUCAUAUAUUACUUUGAAUCAGGUUUUAUCUUGACCAUCAUGAUGAACCAUUGCAGUCCUGAAAAUAAUCUAAACACAUCUUCGUCACCAUUGACGAAUGGAAAAAUGAAUUCAUCAUUCAAAGAUUUUUUGAACAAACCAGUUCAUCAGCCCAAAGAUUCAUUAUUCAGUUCAUCUAGCGGAUAUACUAACUAUCGUGGCCUAAUUAAUCUUUGUUAUACAAUCUUAUUUUUAUCAAAUUUUCGUGUUGCACUUGAAAAUGUACUCAAAUAUGGAAUAUUGAUCGAUCCUAUGCGCGUCAUUAUCAAUUAUUUUACCAUAAGCAACAUUAUACCUACAUUUUAUUUAUUAAUCAUUUUGAAUGCAUUCAUUUUAUUUGCAUUCAUUAUUGAAUUGUUUUUAACCAAAUAUUUGCUAAAAUUUUCACAUUUAUUUACAUUGAUCGGCUUGUAUCUAACUGUUUUACUCACCAUACCACCAAUAGUAUUUCAUUGCUAUGAAUUUAAUCCGAUUGCUGGUUCAACAUGCUGUCUUUAUUAUACGGUAGUUUUUUUGAAAUUAGUUUCCUAUCAUAUGGCCAAUUAUUGGCAUCGAGAGAACAAUGUUCAAUCGAAAAAAGAAGACAACAACAAUAUAACAACCAAUGAAAAUGAUAUUGGAAUCAGCCACAUUACCUCGUCAUCAUCAUCAUCAUCAUCAUCAUCAUCAUCAUCAUCGUCAAUUGUUGAAUAUCCAAACAAUUUGACUUUGUCAAAUCUAUACUAUUUCAUGUUCGCACCAACUUUAUGCUAUGAAUUAAAUUUCCCUCGAACCAAACGAAUUCGUAAAAGUUUUCUAAUCAAACGUCUAUUGGAGAUUUUUUUUCUCCUACAGAUCGAGAUUGCUUUAAUACAACAAUGGAUGGUGCCGGCAAUUCAAAAUUCAUUAGAACCAUUCAUGGAAAUGUCAUAUACGAAAAUGUUGGAAAGAUUAUUGAAGCUUGCUGUUCCAAAUCAUUUAUGUUGGUUGAUAUUUUUCUAUCUUGUUUAUCAUUCAUAUUUAAAUUUACUUGGUGAAAUUUUCCGUUUUGCUGAUCGCGAAUUUUACAAAGAUUGGUGGAAUUCAGAAUCGAUUGAAUAUUUUUGGAGAACAUGGAAUACACCAACUCAUCGAUGGUGUGUACGACAUCUUUAUCUUCCUUUGGUUGUGUCAUUCAAAAUGAACACUGUGAAAGCAUCGGCCAUUGUAUUUUUGGCUUCGGCAUUUUUCCAUGAAUAUCUCGUCUCCGUUCCAUUGAACAUGUACCGUAUCUGGGCAUUCGCUGGUAUGGCAUUUCAAAUACCAUUAGCCUUAUUGGUCCAAAGGUUGCCCAAAAAAGUGGCCAAUUAUGCAAUGUGGCUAUCGUUGAUUAUUGGACAACCUCUUUGUAUACUAAUGUAUUAUCAUGAUUAUUAUGUUAUUCAUGUUGUCAAUGCUGUGUAAAACAAGCAUCGACAAUUGAUUACACAAGCGUCAUAUUAAUUAUCAUUAAUUAAAAAAUUAGUUCUUAAUUGUAAAAAUCAAA